CUCGCGAAGUGGGGGAAGUGGGGGAGACUGGCGUAUUCUAUGGGCGGGGCCUCUGCCAGCUGGCAGAUGUUUCCCGCGCGGCCGCACCAUUCCUCUAGCGUAAACCUACGCGACAUGAAAGUAGUCCCUUCUAUCGCGUUAAAUAUUUCUAACAAUAGCUCGCUAAGAAGUAUCUAGAUAUACCAGUGAUCUGUUGUAAAGCAGUAGGUAGCCUGUUUACAACUACCUGCAGAAAACUGUGGAAACGCAAUAUGAAACCAAAGAUGAGCUGGUGUGGGAUUGGUCCAAAGAGAGUCAUUGUCCAGGGCAGAGUACGAUGUAGAGUUCACCCUAACCGCGUCCAUUAAACUUUUCGCGAGUGCCUUGAAAAUGGUUUUCGAGCGUUUAAUACCGUGAAUCUUUGUGCACGUCUGCAAUUGUGUACCUGCAAAUGUUACUAUUGUGUUUUAUCAGAAUAGAAAAUCGAGACAACGAAUUUUAUUACGCAUUCGAUUAUAUUUUCAUUUAUAUAGUUUCACUACUACAGUGUGUGAGUGAUAUUUCCAUCGAUAAAGCAUCCUGGAUAAUAAUAUUUAGUAUGUGUCACGUGAUGGUUUUGUCGGCAUAUAUGUACAAAAUUAUCUUAUAAAUCGCGAUGAUGUUUAUAGGACGAUUUAUUUGAAAUGUAGUACUAUUUUAUGGAAUAUUGGACAUUAUCAAUUCAUAUUUUAAAUCUUCUAGUGAAAUUUAAGUACUUUGUUAAUAUUCUUAUUUAUGCGUAUUGAUAUUAAUUCCACUGAACAAAUAUAUACGAUUAAUUGAAGAUAUGUUAAAGUGCAUACACGAUAAAAAUAAGUUGUAUUAAAAAUUGAACGUGUUUGACAACAUUUAAAAUUUGCAAAGAUUUUGUACAAAUACAGAGUGACGCAUAUUUAUAAAAGAGAGAAAGGGGCACUGAAUGGACCAUAAAUGGUGACGGCCCUGAAGCCGGUGGCGGAGUGAUUCGUGGUACUCUGUGGGGGCCCUCAGCUGUUUCCCGCCAAAGAUCGCCAUUACAAAACGCGUUCGGGCGUUGUGUGUGCGCCGCGCGGAGUGGCUGUUCCGUGGACGAAUCUCGGUGCGUGCCACCGUGGUUUAAAAAAUUAAUUAACGAGUUCCGGAGAAUCCGCGUCAUAGGCGUGAGGUGUGCGCGUCAUUUUUGUGGAGUGUGCGAGAAAAGCCCGUCGUCUUUUCGCUGCCGCGACGACGGUUGCUGGGACGUGGAAUCGCGCGGCGGGAUUCUCAGUGUUGCGGACUAACGAGAUAUGUCAGUGUUUGGUAGUGAGGAUCGAAUUCUACUUGAAGAAAUUGUUGAAACCACCGAGGAACAAGAAACUAAUUUGUGCGGAAGCAUUGGAACAGUGGAGGAGGGCUCGGUGGCCACGAGCGUGACGAUCGCCGAGGUCGUUGAUUCGCAAGAGCAGCAGCAACAGCAAUCAAAGAGCAACGGCGCAGUAUCUCGCCGUGUUGCUGGUCAAAACGUUGCGCUGAGCAACGGCAAUAGUACCAGCAACGUCGGCCGUGUGACACCGCGAAGCCACAUGGAGCAGGAGAAGCGUAUGCGGCGAGAAAUCGCCAACAGCAAUGAACGACGUCGGAUGCAAAGUAUUAACGCCGGUUUCCAGUCAUUGAGGACGUUGUUGCCGCACCACGAGGGCGAAAAACUUUCUAAGGUAUGUAUUGCAAAUCUUGGAAACAUUAGCAUAAAUGAGUCACCGGUAUAAGAUGAAACUUGCAUUAUUUGUUACAAGGUGAGAUUUCCUUUUCAUCAUUCCUACCUAUUUCCGAACAACGUUCACGUAAUAUUUGCAAAAUGAUCACGAUUAAGCUCGAGCAAAUUCGUGGAAGUUAGGUAACAUC